AUGUUCGAGCUUCGCGACAUCAGCUCUGUUGGCGUUCUAUUCCAGGAGUAUUUCUCCAUCACCCUUGCCACCUGCGACGGCGCAGUCGACUAUGUCGGGCGCAUGCAGGAGGUCGCCGAUCGCCUUGCCGCUCGCCAGGCUGCCCUUUCCGAGCCCCUGCAGAUCCACCGUCUGCUCUUCAACCUCACGCCAGACUAUGAGUCCCGCCUUCACGCCUUCACCGAGGCAAACCCCUUGGCUGUCCUCCCCGAAGUGACUCAGUGGAUCAUUGACACGGAGGUCAAACUCCGCACCCCCAUUGUGAACCUCACCACCCCUCACUCCUCCUCCGCCUCCCUCAAUGCCACGCAAUCGCGCACUCAGGGUGGUCGCAAUGGUGGUAGCGGGGGUCGUGGAGGGGGUGGAGGUGGCAGUCGGGGUAGUGGCCGUGGUGGCCGUGGUGGUAGAGGUGGUGGUGGUGGUCCUAGUGGCCCCGCUCCCGGAGGCUCCACUAGUGCUGGUGGAGCUUGUCCCUGA